ACUGGAUUUUUGAAAGACGGAAAGCCCAUUCGUCUAACUAAGGGCCAAGAGAUCACCAUCUCCACAGAUUAUAGCAUCAAGGGUGAUGAGAAUACCAUAGCCAUGAGCUACAAAAAGUUAGCCGAGGAUGUCAAGCCACAGAGCACCAUACUAUGUGCAGAUGGAACAAUCACGCUAACGGUUCUUUCUUGUGAUAAAAAGAAUGGAAUAGUUCGCUGCCGCUGUGAGAACUCUGCUCUUCUUGGUGAGAGGAAGAAUGUCAAUCUUCCAGGAGUAGUUGUUGAUCUUCCUACACUAACUGAGAAGGACAAAGAGGAUAUCUUAAAAUGGGGUGUCCCUAAUAGGAUUGAUAUGAUUGCUCUAUCAUUUGUGCGCAAAGGUUCUGAUCUCGUGGAGGUCAGGAAAGUCCUUGGAGAACAUGCAAAGACAAUUAUGCUGAUGUCCAAGGUUGAGAAUCAAGAAGGGGUGGCAAAUUUCGAUGACAUUCUUGCAAACUCUGAUGCUUUCAUGGUUGCUCGAGGAGACUUGGGCAUGGAGAUCCCCAUCGAGAAGAUCUUCUACGCCCAAAAAGUGAUGAUUUUCAAGUGCAAUGUGCAAGGAAAACCUGUUGUAACCGCAACCCAAAUGCUCGAAUCUAUGAUCAAAUCCCCUCGCCCAACUCGAGCUGAAGCCACCGAUGUGGCCAAUGCCGUCCUCGAUGGCACCGACUGUGUCAUGCUUAGUGGUGAAACCGCUGCUGGUGCUUAUCCUGAGCUGGCGGUUCAAACAAUGGCCAAGAUUUGCGUAGAGGCAGAAUCAUACUUAGAUUAUGGAGCUGUGUUCAAAGGGAUAAUGGCUCAAGCACCAGUCCCUAUGAGUCCUAUAGAGAGUCUCGCAUCAUCAGCAGUUAGAACUGCAAACUCCGCUAGAGCUUCACUGAUAUUAGUCUUGACUAGAGGUGGUAGCACUGCAAAGCUCGUUGCCAAGUACAGGCCGGCAAUUCCCAUUUUGUCUGUGGUGGUUCCUGAGAUUAAGCCUGAUGAGUCCUUUAGCUGGUUGGUUAGUGACGAGGCUCCAGCACGGCACAGCCUCAUAUUCAGAGGUUUGAUUCCAGUUUUGAGUGCUGGAUCGGCUAAAGCCUCUCAUACUGAGGCUACGGAGGAAGCGCUUGAGUUUUCAGUUCAGCACGCGAAGAAUUUGGGGCUUUGUAAGCCUGGGGAUUCUGUUGUUGCUUUGCAUCGAGUUGGGGCUUCUUCCGUGAUCAAGCUCGUGACUGUUAAGUAAUUUUUGGGAGCUUUUUGGGGCUCCGUUUACUUGUUUUCUUCACAAGAUAAUCAAACAGUGAUUACGGAGUAGUUAAUUUUUUUUGGUGGGGAAGCGUUUUUGUUUGAAAGUACUUUAUGUUUCCCUGCUGGUUUUGCCUUCUUGUUUUUGGUGUGGGGUAUGCGAUUUUGUUGAAGUAUAUGCUACUUUUGUCAGCAAGGACGGUGUUUCGUCUUUGGAAAUAUUAUCCGAUACUUUUGUUAUUAAAUUGGAAUAAUUUGGGAUUUUUCUUUUUUGGUUUGAUUAA